AUGGUGGUUGGCAACAAGGUGGACCUGGGUUCGGCUGUGCGGGAGGUGUCCCCAGAGGAGGGCGCCACGUUCGCGCGGGAGCACGGCUGCCUCUACAAAGAGACGUCUGCAAAGACCGACAGCGGCGGCGUCGACGCAGGGGUGUACGACGCGCUCGUGUGGGGCAUGGUGUGCACCAUUUUGGACAUGCGGCCCGCCAUCCUGCAGGACAGGGACGGCGGGCGCCGCGGCGGCGGCGGCGGCGCGUUGCAGUUGGAGCGGCGGCGGCGGCGCCACAACGGCGGCGUGAUGGGCUGCUGCUGA